AUGUCCGUCCUAGAAAAAUUUAAACACCUCGAAAUACAACUAGAAGCUAUAGAAUCAGCAACCAACAAAUUUUCUGUCGACCAUCUCGUAGGGGAAGGGGGAUUUGGUAAAGUUUACAAGGGAGAUCUUCUCCUAUCAAAGGGGCAUACCACAGUUGCUAUAAAACGCUUAGAUCGUAAUAUGGGGCAAGGAGACUCUGAGUUUUGGAAGGAGGUAAUCAUGCUUUCCAUUUACAAGCACCCAAAUAUUGUCUCCCUCUUAGGGUAUUGUGAUAAAAAUGAUGAGAAGAUCCUUGUGUACGAGUUUGCAUCCAAUAAAAGUCUUGACUUGCAUCUUAACAACAAGGAUCUAACAUGGGUUCCGCGCCUCAAAAUAUGCAUUGGGGUGGCUCGCGGACUUGCAUACCUUCAUAAUCCUGCCGGAACCCAACAAAGAGUUUUGCACCGGGAUAUUAAAAGUUCUAAUAUCUUGUUAGAUGAAAACUGGAAUGCCAAGAUUGCAGAUCUUGGUCUAUCAAAACUUGGUCCAGCUAACCAACCAUAUACAUUUGUUAUAUCUAAUAAUAUUGCGGGCACGAUUGGGUAUUGUGAUCCCCAAUAUCUUGGAACUGGGAUACUGACAAAGGAGUCAGACGUUUACUCCUUUGGUGUGGUGUUGUUUGAAGUUUUGUGUGGGAGGUUGUGUUUAGGGAAAAAUGAUAAGACUAAGUCAUUUACCAAUUUGGGAGACAUUGAAAAAAGGCCAUUAAUGGACAAGAUGGUGACUAAACUUGAAAGUGCACUCAUAUAUCAAAAAACAUGA